UUUAACUUCUUUUCUCCUUAAUUAUCAGCCACAAAAUUUAGUUAAAUAAGCUUAGUUCUUGCAAGUUAACAGUCAACACGGCACAUAUUCCUCUGCCAAAAGAAAGAAAACUGAAGGCCUUGGGAGAAUGUGGAGGCUUAAGAUAGGAGAAGGUGGCGGUGACCCAUAUACAUACAGCACCAACAAUUACUUGGGGAGACAGACGUGGGAGUUUGAUCCUAAUGCUGGGACGUCUGAAGAGAGAGCUGAGGUUGAAGAAGUUCUUCUGAAUUAUUACAGCAAUAGGAAACAUGUUCAGCCCAGUUCUGACCUCCUUUGGUGGAUACAGAGUUGCGGCGGCGGUUCCUUCAACGUCGUGGCCUCAGUGGCCCUGCUGUCUUGUGCAAAAUUACACCUGUCAAGCAUCGUCCAACACAAUUUUCACCUCAAUAUGAUUAGAACUGGGCAAAGUGAUAAACAUGAAAGUUUUAGCCUUGUCUCUUAACUUUCUAAUGGCUUAAUAAUCAAGG